UUUUCUUUAAAAUAAUGAGCAUCAAGCGAACAGGAAGUCUCGCGCCAAAUAGUCCAACAAUGGCGGCGUCCAUGUGAAUUUCUGACCUUAGGAUCAGUCUGUCGGUAUUACCAUGGCUCAGAUGAAAAUAGGAAAGAGUAUUCGAAUUAGAUGGGGGAAAAAUUUACCAUAUGUCUAUCGAUGGACAAAUGAAACAGAAGGCUUGUUACCAGAACAUUACAAACAACGAUGCAUAGAAUUCAUGACAAAGGACCCAACACCUGUUCACUGGAGACCAAAUCCAAAUAAAUAUAUCCCUAAUCCUAAAACAGGAGAGAGGGUUAGGGUCCAGAAUGUACCUGUAACAGUUUUGUACCCGGCUGAAUGCAACAAAGGGUUAUGGGGUGGAGAAGGAAUUGUUGCAGGUUACCGAAAGAAACAUGAACGUGCUACAAAAUUUCCAAAGAUUUGGCGACCCUCACUGCAGAAGCGUGUUCUGUAUAGCGAGAUUCUUAACAAGCAUUUCCUUAUUGCUGUCACCCUUAGAACCAUGGAUUUGAUUGAUGACCAUUUUGGCUUUGACAAUUACAUCCUCAAGACUCAUGAAGUGGAUCUUUGCUCUAAGCUGGGAAUGGACAUCAAGCGAGAAAUGCUGGUGGCUUUGGCAACAAAGUCAAUAUAUCCUGAUGAUCCUGUAAAGCGAGACCAGAUCCUUGAAAAAUACAAGGACUUUAUUAUGCCGGUGGAGGAGGCCGAGUGGGUUGGGCUGUCAGUACCUGAGGCGCUUCGCAAGGCCAGGGAAGCGGAGGCCAAGAACAACCCCCCUCGGCCGCUCAAAGACAUGUUUAUAGUCCAGCUGGCACAGAAAAUUGCAGAAACUGGUUUGGAAGACACAUCUGAAAGUUUCAUCAGCAAACUGAAUCCUUUUACUACCAAACCUCUGAAAACGGAAGAAAAGCCAUGACAUAUUUUUGUUCCUACCAGCGUAAUUGUGUAUUCUUUCACCAACAAUGAGAGAUUAAAGAGACUGUAGAGGAGAAAAACACUGUAUCCGUGGUUUCAUACGUGGCUUUAGUCCUUGGACAGGAGAGUGCGUAAGUCGUGCAUGAUAUUCCAUUGUGAGAAUGCGUUGUUUAAAUAAAAAUAGCUUUUUUCGUUUUU